AAAACCAUUUGCAUAGACACUGGUUCAGAAGCUCUUGUCAUCUGCUACCUCCAAAAAUGGGUUCCAACAGUUUCUCAUCAUUCAUUUUACCACUUGUGCUUCUAACUUUUUCAUUAAUGACUAGUGACACUAAGGUUGCAGAGGCACGCAACCUGCUACGACCAGCAUUGUCAUUGCCAAAAGUACACGAAGUUUCCAAAGUUGAGUUGCCUCCACUACCUGAUCUGCCACUGCCACCACUUCCAAAGCCAGAAUUACCUCCACUGCCACUGCCACCACUGCCACUUCCAAAGCCAGAAUUACCUCCAGUGCCACUGCCACCACUGCCACUUCCAAAGCCAGAGUUACCUCCACUGCCACUGCCACCACUGACAAAGCCAGAGUUGCCUCCACUGCCAAUGCUACCACUGCCACCACUUCCAAAGCCAGAGUUGCCUCCACUGCCAAUGCUACCACUGCCACCACUGCCAAAGCCAGAGUUGCCUGCUGUUCCAAUCCCUGGAGUUCCUUCAAUUCCUGAACUUCCUAACAUACCUGAAAUUCCCAAGCCAGAGUUGCCUGCUGUGCCAAAGCCAUAAGUACCUAAAGUUCCUGAACUACUACUCAUUAAACUAGCAUUUUGGUGUAGAAACUUGUACUGUUAAAUGUCUCUAUUAUUUAUAAUUUGUUGUUGUCAUCUUAGCUGGCUUUAUUGGGGUUUCAUUUGUACUUUAUAUAUCGUUAAAUUACAUGUUAUGUUCAGUUUUUAGGCUGUUUGAGUCAAUUUUACUACAGCAUAUUAUUGGUUGUGAUCUGCAUGUAUCAAACUUUCUUAUCUUCCAGUUCAAUACAAUCUUGAAUUUCUUAAUACUG